CUUCUGCCUGGUGAAACUGUUUUGAUUUUUAUCAAGAGCCCUGUAAGAGUAGACCAUCAAUUACAGAGGUCCUCCUGCGCUGUCCUGCUGCGUGCGAGUGCAAAUCACCUGGUGCUGAAGGUAGAGGAUGGUGAACCACGGUGCUUGGUUUUGAGGUGGAUGACGGAAUUAUCCAAUGCUGCUGCUUGGCUCGAGUCCCUGGGGUAUGCGCACGGCGAUAUUCGGCCACCAAACCUUCUCCUCCACAGUGAGAAUCACCUGAAGUUGCCGACUUUGACAACACAGCUGCCGUUGGUACCGCUUUUGAAGUUGGCAUCGGUCCUUACGCCAGAGUACUUGGCGAUGAAGGUGGAGAGCAACGCGGAAGCUUUGGGUAUCUUGGCCCUCGUACGGAACAAUUCGCGAUAGGGUCAAUCUUCUAUUACAUGAUCCGUGGUUACGAGCCCUACGAUAACGAAUGGUUUGGGGAACGUCACGGACCGGUAAUUGUUGACCUGCUUCAGAAGAUGAUGUUCCCAAAAACAGACGAUAACCAAGUCGACAAUAUCAUACGAAGUUGCUGGCAUGGGGAAUACGAUUCUAUACAGCGUUUGUCGGCUACCGUGAAAUUGCUGGAUGGUGUUGACAGUGGGAGAUCAAUGGUCAUGAAGGAAGAAGACUAUAAGUCAAGGCAGGGAGAGUGCAAGCAACUUCUGGCGAAUAGACUUUUGGAUAUAGUGAAAACAAAUGAGGGAUGAAAGAGUUCCAGAGCUGGGACCCUUUCGGUUCGAUCGAAACUAGAAACAAGGGAUGCCAGCGUACGCGCGACUUUAUUGUAUAAUACCCCAAUUGUUUCCCAUAAAGACGUUGCGCCUCAUGUCUGCUUCCGAUGUCAACCUCUCCAUUUUUCUUCAGUGGUAUUCCCCCCAU